AUGGAAUCUGGUUUAUUAAAUUGGUUGUUGGAUGAUGUUGAAUCUUUAAGUCCUUCAACAUUUAUUGAAGAGCUAGAAGACAAUAAAAAAUAUAGUUUUUCAAAGGAUGAUUUCACUCAAAAUGAAGGUUGUAAGUCAGAUGAUAGUUUAAAAUCGAUCACAAGUUUUGCUAUUAUAUCUGAAAGUAAUACGGACGAAGAAAAAAAUGAUAUUAUAACCACUAAGAAACAAAAUGAAUUAGAUGAUACAUCUUUGAUUACAAAUGAAUCUUAUACUGGAAAAUCAGAUGAACUAUCAAUUUUAAAGCAUUACAUUGAUGCCGUUGAUGAAGCAAAGCAUAAAAUAUCUGAAAUCGAACUUGUGUGGCCAGAUUAUGACAUUCCAGAUUCCUACGUGAGUAAUACAAAUAUUGAAAAAGUUGUACUGUUGUAUGCAAAUAAUUAUAUUAAACAGUUCGAGACAAAAUAUCCUUAUAGACGACAACUUCUCUUAGUUCACGAAAACGAAUGUGGCUAUCAAAAAUGUAUUUGUACAACAAUUAAACCAUCAAUAUUGCCUUAUAGUGAUCUGUGCGAUUUAAAAUCUUGCAGCCAAUUUAUUGCUAAUUAUAUGACUUAUGUGCCAUUAAGCAAUCCUAUUUUAGUGCCUAAACAAGUAAAAUCCCCAGCUUUAGUGUUAAAAAAUCAAACUGCGAAUUGUUUUGAAUUAGCAAUAUUGUUAGUUUCGUUUUUGAUUGGACGUGGAUACAAUGCUUUUGUUGUUCAAGGUUAUGCUACAGAAGAAACUUGCAACAAUGAUUUUAAAAAUAUUACCUUAGAUCUUCCAAGUGAUGAAAACCAAUCAGAAGAAAAUACUAUUCUUGAUGAGAUGGAUGACGAAUAUUCUAUAGAACCACCAAUUGAUCUUUGCACUGAUUUUGUUAAGACAUUGAUGAAAGAUGAUGAUGAUAAUAAUGAUGAAGAUAAUAAGUUUGUUUAUGAUCCAUUGCAUAGACAACGAGUCCAUUGUUGGGUUAUCAUUUUACCUUUAAAGAUUCAAAAUAAGUAUAUUAGUAAAGAAUUAUUUUUUGUUGAGCCAAGUACAGGUAAAAUUUGUAGUAUUUCAAGUAGAAGUUAUAUUGGAAUUGAAGCAUUGUGGAAUAAUCAGAAUUACUGGGUUAAUUUACAACCUUUAUAUGGUGGAUGUAUGCAAUAUAACUAUACAUUAAUGAACACUAAGUGCUGGGAACAUUUUUUAAUAGAUGAACCUAAACAUCUUCGUCGUGAACUCAAUAAAGUAGAUGACACAAUCAAAGUAAAUAAGCAUUUAUUUAUGCCUAAUUCAUGGGUCACUGUUUUAAAAGUUCCUAGAAAUAUGUAUUUGAUGAUUUAUCCAUCUGGAAAAAAAAUCAUAAUGUAUUCCAAUGCAGUUAAAGAAUUAUAUGCUGAUUAUAUAAUGCCAGACGGACUAGUUGAAAGAAUUACAUACUAUAAAAAAAAAGACCGAAUACAGAAAAUGUUUGUUAAAGAAUUAUACAAACAUAGAGCGGAUCUAUUAAUGCGCAUCGAUAUAACAUAUACUGAUAAAGGGAAUGAAAUCGUGGAAUACUUCAGAAGUGGACGAAAAGAUUGCUUAAAAAGUAUUAUAUAA